UUGGCAUUGAACCUUUUCUGUCCAAUUGAAGUGCACGCCGUGAAAUAACAUGAAAGCAAGAAAACGCAUUGAUAUAUUCGUAUGUAUUCAGCACAGCACUGUCACUCCUAUCCAUUUUGUUUCUGUUUUUAUUGCGCUCAUACAAAAACUUCCGAGACGAGGAUUUCGAUAUUUCCCAUAAAUCCUCUUAAUGGCGGCGCCCUUAGAUACAUCCGGUUUGUGAACAUCAACAAAAAUGAAUCCUGAGAGAAAGAGAAGAAAUCGAGUUCAGGGAGGCUGGGCUGCUCCAACGAAUGUAAGAUCAGAUAGGAACAAACCAAAAGCAGGUGUAAGCCCAGCUUGGACGGGUAAAACGGUAGACCAACCAACAGAAAGGAAGUUUGUUUUUGCAGAACCCGAGGAAGAGUUGAAAGAAAAACCCGCAGAAACAGUAAUCACAAAACCAGGUGUAUAUGACAUAAGCACAGAGCCUUCUGGAAUUUCAAGGUUAAGAUAUUUCCCUGAGUUUAUUGGGUCGCAAGAAGCAAAUGAACUGUAUGACCGCCUAUUCCAUGACUUACCGUGGCGACAGAGAUCUGACGUAAAGAAUGGUCAGUCCUACCUCCAGCCAAGACUGACCGCCUGGUAUGGAGAUCUCCCAUACUCCUACUCAGGAGUCACCCAUCCAGCCAGUCCAGAGUGGGACCCCACUUUACUGAUGUUGCGGGAACGUCUAGAAUCUGUGUUAGGCCUCCGUUUUAACUCUGUGCUGACCAACCUCUACCGAGAUGGACAUGAACAUGUUGCUUGGCACUCAGAUGAUGAACGGUCUCUUGGGCCGCAGCCUACCAUAGCCUCACUUUCAUUCGGUGACACACGCAACUUUGAAUUACGAAAAAAACCUGAAACAGGAAUAGAUUACUCACAUAGCGAGCAAGUACGGAUCCCACUUACACAUGGUUCAUUGCUAAUUAUGGAAGGUUCAGUCCAGGAAGACUGGCAGCAUCGUAUACCAAGGGAAUACCAUGACAGAGACCCUAGAAUCAACUUGACGUAUCGUGUGAUCCUACCAGAGUGAAGAUGUGCUGUUCCAUCAUACUUUCUGUGAUGAUAAUGAUAUAAAUUUACAUACUAUGAAACAUCAGCAGUAUUGACUUCAAUUAACUUGCAUUUGAUCCAAAGUAUUUUUGGAAGACUUCAGUAUUUAGGAAACAGCAAUAUAUUAUUUAUUAAUUAAGGAAUUUUCCAUAUUUUUGUCAUGGAAUGUCAAAUAUUUGUUCUAACAUUAAAAUCCAUUUAUAUGCAUUUCCAUGUAUAUUUUGGGCCAUAUAAGCCUUUCGUAUCCAUAAUUCUUGCGUUGACAGUUUUAAUGAACCCUUGCUGGUUGUAUAAAGUCAAUAAUCCAAAUACGGUAUAUAUUCCUAUCAUUUGAUGAAAGAUGUAGGUUGAGAAAUAGUGCAAUUGGUAUUGUUUCUGUUUUGUUAAAAUCGCAAAGUAAAUAAUAUUUACCUAUGCUGAAUAACUAUGUAAUUUUUGUAUGCAAUGAAUUGUUCUAUAUUUAUUUCUGUUUAAAUCUUUUAUGACUUUUGUUGAUUUUUUGUUGUGACUUCCAAAGAAAUAUCGUUCUUGCUGCUUGUGGUUUCAUUAUACCUCACAUACAUACAAGUACUAAGUACCCAAUCUCGUUUAUUAUCUGUCAGUAAUGUGAGGCACAGAUGUAAGAACAUAUAUGAAUUAUAAGCAGAAUCCUAUUUCUUCUAUUUAACUCAUCAGCACUUCAUGGAGUUUUCAGGUAAAUAUUUCUGGAAUGGGUCACCUGCCUGAACACCUGCCUUUUUUACUGGAUACUUUAGUUUCUUCCUACAGUAAGACAUCUCAUGUGCUUCAAUUUGGACCAACUGGAGUUUUAAGUAUAAGCUGGAAUAGCUUGUUUGGUAAUUGCUAUAAAGUUUAAUUUCAAAAAUAUAUCUUGCAGACAACAGAAAUCAUCAUUAAAAGUAUUUCCACAAUUCAAAAUCUUAGACACGCGGUAGAUGCCGAAUUAUAAUAAGAGUUGUGUUAUGAUUAAAAGGAUAUGAUGUGCUGUUGUUAUAGCGGUUAGAUCUUCAUCCAUAUGAGUCAUCCCUAUGAACUUUAAGUUCGUGUGGAUUUCAAAAGCUGGAAAUUUAGUGGUUCCUUAGCUAUUUACUAUUAACAUUUGACCCCAAAAAAUUCAACCUCAACAUCUGUGGCCAAAGAAAUGAUUUAUUGUGUACCAGUAUAUUGUUAUAUAAAUAUCCUCUAACUAGGUGCUGGUAACUGUUGUUUUACUAUAUAUAUUUGUGCAGUUAAUCAUUUUCCUUGAUUAAAACAUAUACUAGCGUGGCGUCCAGUGCAGUUUUCAAUUCUUGGUGAUAUUUAUUUUUCAGUUACUGUCAGCUGGUUCAGUGUGUAUACCAUUUUAACAUACAAUUUAAUUAGUAUCACAUUUUAAUUAUGAUUCCUCUAGUAAUCGAUGUUCCUCUCUCUUCUUAUUACUCUUAACUGCAUUUUCUCUAUUAUUCUGAGUACAAUUCUUCUACUAUUAAAUAUUCCUCCAACAUUUUCUACUCCUAAUUUCCUUUUCUUCUUUAAUAUCUUAUUUCUCUACCCUAUCUUCCCUACCUCUCAUUUUUAUUUUGGAUAUCUCCUUAGAUUACCUCCCCUUUUCUUCAAAUCUCUUCUUUCCAAACAAUUUUAUUUACCCAGUGGGUUGUAUUAUAUGGUUGUGCAUCGCUAUAUACACUUGUUUAUCCUAUUUAAAUGUCUCUAGCUGUUGCACUUGCACAACGUCUAGAGACAGCACAUGUCCUAGAGACAGAAAACUGGUAACCCGCUAACUAUUGGAAAGACGUUUUACCAUUUACAAAGUUAAAAAAAAAAGAAAACAAACCAACAAAACGGUUUAUAGUUCAUACUUUUUAUUCUGAGAUUCUUGUACGUCAUGCAACAUUAUAUUAGAGGGAUGGUGAUUAGGAUGUGAUCUGUUUUAUAUGCAUGUAUGACUGGUAAUUUUAACUAUCAACAUGAUGGUUUUGUUGUAUGAUGAUGGACGAAACAUUGAAAAUAAACAAUAUUUAUUAU